ACUAGUGUUAGUGUUUAUCGUUUGACUCCGUAUAUAAGAAGCAUGAAAAUGACAAACGGAAGAACGACAAGCAAGAACUUAACUACAAUAGGAAUAAUCCUAUACGUUAUUUUGUCUCUGUCCGUGAGUGUUAUCAAGGUUCAAAGUUGGCUGGACAAUCAGCUGGAGACUGUUUGCUCAGACUACAGGCACUAGCUGAGUAAAACGUAAAGUUGGAUUGAGCGCGUUUACAACGCCCCUCCAGGUGCUGGGGCCUGUGACACCCCAACGGGGUUCUAGUAAAGUGACUGGCCCCUAGUCGGUCCAUUCGUCACGGCUUACAGAACUUACUUAAAAGUCCGUAUGGCCUAGGAGGAUUUAUAGGAACUCGUGAAAAGGAAUCUUCACGCGAGUUAACGCGGGUUUCUUUCAGUGCUGCUCUAGUUUGAUAAGGUGGCGCUAGUUGCAUUGGUACACGUAUUUUUCAGAGUAAUGUAUACAGCAGGACGAAAGUUCUGGACUACUGAGUACAUCGACAGAUCUCCGUAAGAGGGCGAGGAGUCUCCUUAUGGCGAAGAGGAGUCGCCUAGUAUGGGAGAAGAGGAGUCGCCUAGUGAGGGCGAAAAGGAGUCGCCUAGUGAGGGCGAAAAGGAGUCGCCUAGUGAGGGCGAAGAGGAGUCGCAUAGUGAGGAGGAGGAGGAGUCGCCUAGUGAGGAGGAGGAGGAGGAGUCGCCUAGUGAGGGCGAAAAGGAGUCGCCUAGUGAGGGCGAAGAGGAGUCGCAUAGUGAGGAGGAGGAGGAGUCGCCUAGUGAGGAGGAGGAGGAGGAGUCGCCUAGUGAGGACGAAGAGGAGUCGCCUAGUGAGGACGAAGGGCAGUCUCCUAGUAAGAGCGAGGACUAGUCGCCUAGUAAGGGCGAAGAGGAGUCUCCUAGUAAGGGCGAAGGGGAGUCUCCUAGUGAGGGCGACUCCCAAUUUGUCACUGACGGUUUCGCAUUAUCUAAUAAAGAUAAUAGUGAGAAACCACCAUAUAAUCCAACCCUAGAAAAGGAAAAGGUGAACCUCAUCUUUCUAGGACAUGUGGAUUCUGGCAAAUCCACAAUUGGAGGUUAAAUAUUGUACUUAACCAAUAACGUCAGCAGAUUUACGCUAGAAAAGUACCGAAGAGAAGCCAAAAAGAUCAAUCGCGAAUCGUGGUUUCUUUCAUGGGCCCUUGAUACCACUCCCGAGGAACGGCUAAAAGGGACCACAAUGAAUAUUGGAAAAGGAUUUUUCUAAACUAUGGAAAAAAAAUACACGAUUCUCGACGCCCCGGGACACAUGUCACUGAUUCCACGGAUGAUUCAGGGAGUAUAUUAAGCCGAUGUUGCAAUUUUGGUCAUUUCUGCCCGGUAGGGCGAGUUCGAAGCCGGGUUUUAGCGAGGGGGACAAACAGGAGAAGUUCUAAGGAUAAUAAAAACAGUUGGUAUUACGCAUAUUGUUAUGCUAAUCAAUAAGAUGGAUGAUAGCACUACAUAGUGGAGUCAGGACCGUUUCAACUUUUGUAAAAAUGAGGUGUCAGAAGAGUGCAAAAAAAUUGGGUUGAAAGCUGACGUUAACGUAAUGUUUAUCCCAUGCUCCGGUUUAACAGGAGAGAAUGUUCAGAAAAUGUCUAGGGCUUGUUAAUGGUAUGAGGGGCCAACGCUACUCGAACAUCUGGAUAAUUUGCCUCGAGUGGUAAGGAUGAUCAGCGGGCCACUAAGAAUUCCAAUAACAGGUUGUUCCACCAAAGGCACAACGGUUACCGGGAGGGUAGAGCAAGGCUCGUGUAAGGUUGGUGAUAUGUUGAUCCUGAUGCCCACAAGAACUCGGGCUAAAGUGGAACGAUUAUGCCACAAUCACUUCGAAUAACGGGAAGUCAAAAGCGGUGACAACGUCACUGUACGACUUAGAAUGUAAGAUAUACUAGAUAUAGAACCUGGGUUCGUGCUCUGUGACAUUUAAAAUCCUUGCACGACGGCUAAAAUAUUCGAUGCCCUGGUUGUUGUACUAGACGAAUCCGUGGUGAUAUCAAGAGGGUAUUCAGCAAUAUGUCACUUGAAUGCAAGAACACAGAGUGUCACUGUUAGACUCAUAAUUUGUUUAAUAGAUGAGAAAACCGGUGAAAAAAUGCAAAUGCGUCCCAGAUUCUUCACGGGGAAAAAAGUGGCAUUGAUCCGUUUCGAGACAUCGACACCAAUAUGUGUGGAGACUUUCAACGACUGCCCCUUCCUCGGCAGUAUAAUUUUAAGGAACAACAAAAACACAGUAGCUGUCGGAAGGAUACACAAAGUAAUAUAAUAAGAAAAUCAGUGAGUGGACAGCAAACUCGAUAACGUGAACUGAUCUUACUUUGUAAAAAAUAUUAUAAUGCUAACUGUUGUUACGUCUUCUGUAUUAUUAUUAUUAUUAUUAUUAUUAUUAUUAUUA